AUGUUGAAUGGACGGUUGCCACUGUCUGAGUCUGCCCAAUCCCUACUGCUGUUGCCCAAGCCCUUCCUCUCAUGCCAUGGAAGUGCAACACAGCUUACCAUAAGGCCGAGGCAUGCUCAUCCCUUUCAUAAACAGAAGAACUAUUCCAUUCGAUCCCACCUUCCAGCUUGCAAUAAUAAACAAGUUCCUACGCCAGUGAUCAAUGAGCUUCCUUUAUGCCGGAAAAGUUUCCCACAGGAUUUCUUUUUCGGAACGGCAUCAUCGGCAUACCAGUAUGAAGGUGCAUAUUCAGAUGGCAAAGGAGAAAGUAAUUGGGAUCAUUUCACUCACACACAUCCAGAUAAAAUAAAGGACCGAAGCAAUGGAGACGUUGCUGUGGAUUCCUAUCACCGUUAUAAGGAAGAUGUAGCUUUAAUGAAGGACAUUGGGCUGACUGCUUACAGAUUCUCCAUUGCAUGGACCAGAAUAUUACCCACUGGGAAGCUAAGUGGAGGAGUGAACAAGGAAGGCGUCCAGUAUUACAACAACCUCAUCGAUGAACUUCUAUCACAAGGUAUCCAACCCUUUGUGACACUAUUUCACUGGGAUGUUCCCCAAGCUCUAGAAGAGGAGUAUGGUGGUUUCUUGAGUCGUGACAUAAUAAAUGAUUUUCGGGACUACGCGGAGGUCUGCUAUAAAGAAUUCGGUGACAGAGUGAAGUUCUGGAUGACCUUGAAUGAGCCAUGGACCUUCACUGUUGGGGGUUAUGUGCAGGGCACCUUCCCACCUGGGAAGACAGAAAACGCAGGGACUGAUCCAUAUUUAGUGGCCCAUAACUUGCUCCUUUCUCAUGCAUCUGCAGUAGACACUUACAGGAAGAAGUAUAAGGCAACUCAAAAUGGCCAAAUUGGAAUUACACUAAAUUACUUUUGGAUGAUUUUCUACUCUAAUAGCCCAGCUGAUAUUGCUGCUUGCCAACGAGCUUCCGAUUUCAUGUUUGGAUGGUUUAUGGAACCUGUUACCACAGGUGAAUAUCCAAAAUCUAUGCAAAAAUUAGUCGGGCCACGGCUGCCGAGGUUCUAUGAGGAGGAGUAUGAAAUGUUAAAAGGAUCAUAUGAUUUCCUUGGAUUAAACUACUAUACUGCAAACUACGCCAAGGAUGCCCUCCUUUCCGGUGGAGUUCCCACCCCUUUUGCCAGCCCAAGCUAUACCACUGAUUCUCAUUGUAUUCAAACAUUGGAACGGAACGGAAUCCCCAUUGGUACACCGACGGCCUCAGAUUGGCUUUACAUCUAUCCAGAGGGACUGGAGUCUAUGCUAAUUGACAUAAAAAUAAAAUACAAUAAUCCCGUAAUUUAUGUCGCGGAGAAUGGAAUUUCAGAUGACGCCAAGCUGCCGAAGGCGGAAUCUCUCCAAGAUGAUCUGAGAAAAGAAGCCUUGAGUGAUCAUCUUCAGUACCUUCGCAAUGCCAUGGACUUGGGAGUAAAUGUGAAGGGAUUCUUCUUGUGGUCAUUGCUAGAUAACUUCGAGUGGGAUUGUGGCUACACUGUUCGUUUUGGUAUCAACUACGUAGAUUUCAAUGAUGAUUUAAAAAGAGAACCAAAACUGUCUGCAAAUUGGUUUAAGAACUUCCUCAAAGAAGAUUGA